AUGACUAGCGUUGUACAACCAUCUCUCUCUCUCGUCUCAGUCAGUAAGCUUAUGUACUUGAAAAUAUGCAAUACCAACGUUAUCUAUCUAUCUAUCUAUCUAUCUAUCUAUCUAUCUAUCUAUCUAUCUUAUCUUGUUCAUAUCUAUCUAUCUAUCUAUCUAUUGUUCCCAAUUGUUGAAACAUUGACUUGCAUAAUAAAAUCUAUCUAUCUAUCUAUCUAUCUAUCUAUCUAUCUAUCUAUCUAUCUAUCUAAUGCUCUGUUAUCACCGCACAUUAUAUUGUUUUUUUCUUACAGUAGAUUUUAUGUAGACGUUUAUUUCGUUUCUCCCUCUAACACUUCUCUUAAUUUCCUUCUCUUUUCCUUCUUUCUCUCUCUCUUUUCUGGUUUCAUCUUUUUCUCCUCUUUCUUUCUCUUCUUGCAUUUUCAUCUCUCUCUUUUCCUUUUUAUCCUUCUUUUUUUUUUCCCCACAGUCUUAAAUUGUCUUGCGCGCCAUUUUCUUCGCUCGCUUUAUUUCUCUCCUAUCGAAUUUUUUUCCCUCUCCUUAAAUAAAUCUCUCCCCAUCGCUUUUCAGUUUUUAUCCCCUUCAUGUUUUUGUCACAUCCAUACUACAUCUACCCGUUCUUUUCCCUCCCUCCCUCUCUCUUAUUUCAGUGCAUACGUGUCAGAUUGGAAUGUUCAUUCCUUCGUCUUCUUUUCAGCAAUUUCUUUGACGUCGUCUUCCUUUACGUAUUGGCUUGCUUGCGAAUCAAGAUAA